UUCAGGCUCGCGGAGGUACAUGUAGAAUAUAUUGUAAAGAAAAAAACUUUUGAGUUGACAUCCCGUUUAAGUACAGAUAGAAUUUUAAUCAAAUUCUCUAAUCUAAUCCAUUUUCUAAUCUCUUUAUUCUCACGAGUGUCACGGGGGUGCUGGAGCCGAUCCCAGCUGUUUUAGGGCAGUGGGCGGGUGAUACCCCGAACUGUUAACGUUUGAUUUUCAGUCUCACCAUAUAUUUCUUCCUUUUCAAUUAAUUCCAGAGCAUUUCAGUCAAGCGUCAGAUCUUAAGCAUUGACGCAUAUAGUUUGUGUUUCAACUCAUCCUAGCAUGGAUGUGGUACAUAUUAGGCCAAGAGAGGGCAGUACUGCCCUCGAGUAAUGGUUGUCGUCUUGCGUAAAACAAGACGCACACGGGAAAUAAACAGAUCCCAAAACAACGAGACAAAACAGUAUCUUGGAAAUAUCAUGGACACUAAUGCGCAUUAAACAACCACCAUGUUGAAUGACAGCGCAAUGUCGCGAGGUGAUGGAAACGAGCAGGAUUCAAAAGAAAGCGUCGCAUUGAAGUGGACUCCGGAGCCGAAAGCGACCCCCUCAUGCAGGUUCCUACAGAUCGAACUGGAGCUCAACGCGCACCUCCGUGGACUCAGUUUCGGAGAACCCGUCCGUUACCUGUACAACCCACUAGAAUACGCGUGGGACACGCACCGAUGCUACGUGGAAAAGUACUGCCAGGCGGGACAGCGCUACUUGUUUUUAGGCAUGAAUCCUGGACCUUUCGGCAUGGCCCAGACGGGGGUUCCCUUUGGCGAAGUGAAGUCAGUAGUUAAUUGGCUGAAGAUCACAGGGGCGGUUGGUCGCCCUGACAACGAGCAUCCAAAGCGCCGCAUCAGCGGCCUGGCCUGCACUCAGAGCGAAGUGAGCGGCGCCCGCUUCUGGGGCCUUUUCAGAAAGUUGUGUGGCGAGCCUGCGGCGUUCUUCCGCCACUGUUUUGUGCACAACCUUUGCCCUCUAAUUUUCAUGAGCAGCGCCGGGAAGAACCUGACCCCCCCCGAGCUCAAUGCCCGUGAGCGUGAGGAGCUCCUGCGCUUGUGUGACAUUGCCCUGUGUCAAGCCGUGGAGGCCCUCGGUGUCUCCAUGGUGAUCGGUGUGGGCAGGGUGGCGGAACAGCGGGCACGCCGCGCCCUUGCCACAGCUGGUAUGGACGUGCGAGUAGAGGGCAUCAUGCAUCCUUCUCCUCGGAACCCUCUGGCCAAUAAGGGCUGGGAGAGUGUAGCUAGAGCUAAGCUAGCAGAACUGGGCAUCCUCUCUUUGUUCAGUAACAACACAUGGCCAGAAUCGUCUCACACGCAAGAGACUUCAUAGCAGAAAACCUCAUUCAGGUGGAGGGUGAACUGGAUUCCAUCCCAGCUAAUUUUGGGUGAGAUGCAUACAUAAAGUGUACACAAAUAUAUGUCUUUGUUACAGGCAGUUGUGUAUGCUCUUUUACAUACACUCAUGUUAUAUUGUUAUAUGAUUGUUGUGUUUUUUUUUUUUGCAUUACAAUUUUACCACUUCUUUGUAUUUAAAUGUCAUCGACUUGUAUUUGUUACAAAUAUAAUGGUUAUUGUAUUCUGUGAA